AGGAGGGAGCAGGCGGCCGGCGGCGCGGGGGGAGGGGGCCCGGUCCGGGAGUGCGGGAGGCAGUGGUAGAGGGAGGUGGCGGCAGCAGCUAGUGGACUCGAGUCACAACCGAGUCGAAGCAGACACCUCCGUGGAGCGAGGCAGUAGGAGCACCGAGCACCGGAGGCGGCACCGGGAUCCCCGGCUCAGGGGAGGGGGGCGCCGGACCGGGAGGAGGGGAGGGGGCGAUGCUGGAAGCCAUGGCGGAGCCCAGUCCCGAAGAUCCACCUCCGACCCUUAAGCCAGAGACUCAGCCACCAGAGAAACGACGGAGAACAAUUGAGGAUUUCAACAAAUUCUGCAGUUUUGUUUUGGCCUAUGCUGGUUACAUCCCCCCUAGCAAGGAGGAAAAUGACUGGCCAGCCUCCGGCUCCAGCUCUCCAUUGCGAGGUGAGAGUGCGGCAGACAGCGAUGGCUGGGACUCAGCCCCCUCAGAUCUCAGAACCAUCCAGACCUUUGUUAAGAAAGCAAAGUCAUCCAAGAGAAGGGCAGCUCAAGCAGGUCCCACCCAGCCAGGACCCCCAAGGUCCACUUUCCCUCAUCUGCAGGCCCCUGACAGUGCCACCCUGCUUGAGAAGAUGAAGCUCAAGGACUCUCUCUUUGAUCUAGAUGGGCCCAAAAUGGCAUCUCCACUGUCCCCCACAUCCCUGACACAUGCCUCCCGGCCCCCUGCUGCUCUCACCCCAGUGCCCCUUUCCCAGGGGGACCUCUCCCAGCCUCCUCGAAAGAAGGACCGAAAGAACCGAAAGUUGGGGCCAGGAGGGGGGACAGGCUUUGGGGUGCUUCGGAGGCCUCGGCCAGCCCCUGGGGAUGGGGAAAAGAGGUCUCGAAUCAAGAAGAGCAAGAAGCGGAAGUUGAAAAAGGCAGAGCGGGGGGAUAGACUCCCACCUCCUGGGCCUCCCCGGGCACCCCCCAGCGAUACAGACUCUGAAGAGGAGGAGGAGGAAGAAGAGGAGGAGGAGGAGGAAGAGAUGGCAGCAGUGGUAGGAGGGGAAGCCCCAGCCCCUGUGCUGCCAACACCUCCUGAGGCUCCUAGGCCCCCUGCCACAGUGCACCCUGAAGGAGUCCCUCCCACUGACAGUGAAAGCAAGGACGUGGGCAGCACUGAAACAAGCCAAGAUGGAGAUGCUAGCUCCAGUGAAGGCGAGAUGCGGGUCAUGGAUGAGGACAUCAUGGUAGAAUCAGGUGAUGACUCAUGGGAUCUGAUCACGUGUUACUGCCGAAAGCCCUUUGCAGGCCGGCCCAUGAUUGAGUGCAGCCUGUGUGGAACGUGGAUCCACCUCUCCUGUGCUAAGAUUAAGAAGACCAAUGUCCCUGAUUUCUUUUACUGCCAGAAAUGCAAGGAACUGCGGCCAGAGGCCCGGCGGUUAGCGGGGCCUCCGAAAUCUGGAGAGCCCUGACAUAUGCCAUCUCUAGGCUGGAACUUCGAAUGGCAACAUGACUUGGGAACUGAGCCUCAGGGUCAUCAGCCUGUCCCCUGAGCUGGGAUGUUGUCCCACUUCAAGGCAGAAAUUCCCAAGGGAGGCUGGUUUGGAAAUGAGUGAUGUUCCUAUCCUACCCUUCCUUCCCACAUCUUGUGGACUUGAACUCGGACCUAUUGCAGUUGGGGGUGGGAAGCUGUCUGGGUCCCUAGACACUUAAGCUCUGUCCCUUGGACCUGCUACCGCUCACUUCCUGGGCCAGGGUUGGAAUUGGGAUGGAGUGGGACGGUUGUCUAUAAAACUCUAGUGUAAAUAUAGCACUCCCCUCCCUCAUCUUUUCUUUUAUCUCACUCCCCAUUUAUUGUACACCGGUUGUAUUUUUAAUUUUGGACUUCACCUUUUGAGUAUGGCAGCUCAGAGGUGGAGUACCAACCAGAGCUUGGCCGAGGGAGGAAGGAAAACAGAAAGGUGACGAUGCUCUCACUCACCUCUUUUGUUUUUAAUAAUAUUGGCCAGCUGUUUGUACAGACAGCCUUCGUGUUGUAAAUAAAGCAGAGUGGGCUCUUUUGUGUUUAUA